GCUAGCUAAUGACAGAGAGGGAGAGAGCGGCGGAAGCAGCCCAGCGAGCGAGGAAGAGAGAGGGGCUGAGUGAAAGCCAGGAGGGGAAAACGACGGCCGUCAGGGUCGGACUAUACGGAGAGGGGGAGGACUGAGUGAGACCGAGUGAUUGUUGGACAGAAGAGGCAGUUUGAAUGACGGCGCACCUGGUGCUUCUGAGGGCAUUUCCCAUGUUUUGAUUUGCUCCAUUUUUAUUUUUAUUUUUAUUUUUUUUUACUUUGUGAACUCGCUUUCAUCAAGCUGCCUUUCGCCAUGCCGUCCAACAGUCCUGCUGUCACCGAACUUCCCCAGACACCAGACAACAAAACCUCCAAGGAUGUGAGUGAAGAUGUGGCAGAACAGGAUAGUCCUGAGGAGGUAAUGCUGGGGACCCCCCCGAACAAGCGGAGAGUGGGCCGUCCGAGCAGGAAACGCAAACAGUUCCUUCCUGAGAUGGCAGCCUCUGAUACCUGUGCCCCGCCGACACUGUUUGAGGAUCUGCAGCCACUCCCUUCCCCUUGCAAGAAACGUGGUCGUCGGAAAUUAGAGCAAAACGAGAAGAACACGGAUGAACCAGACGACAGAAGUUGUGAGUCCCCCAAAGAGGGUGAGACGGGGAGGUUGCGUAGGAAACCGGUCCCCAGGGUGACUUUCCAGGCCGGAGAUCCGUACUACAUCAGCAGAAGACAAAAGGAAGAAUGGCUCAGCCGCUGGAAGAUGGAGGCAGAAAGGCGGGCUUACAGAGAGGCUGAGAUGAGCAUGAUGGACGAUCUAUCCGAAGCAGACUUUCAAAAAGAAGACGAGCCAGCCAGCCCGGAGCCGCCUCCAUCCCAGCAACAAACAGACCCCGCUUCGCCAAUCGUGGCCGUAACACCGGACCCGGUCGCCAGAGGAGACCAGGCAACACCCAGAGAGAUAGAGUACCAGGAUGGUAGGGGCUUUGGCAUCGGUACGCUGGUGUUUGGGAAGCUGCGAGGAUUCUCCUGGUGGCCCGGCAGGAUUGUUUCCUGGUGGAUGAGUGGCCGUAGUCGAGCCGCUGACGGUACCCGCUGGGUCAUGUGGUUUGGAGAUGGCAAAUUUUCUGUGGUAUGUGUGGAGAAGCUGAUGCUGCUGAGCUCUUUUUCAUCUGCCUUCCACCAGCCAACCUACAACAAACAGCCUAUGUACCGGAAAGCCAUCUUUGAGGCUCUGCAGGUAGCAAGUGUGCGAGCAGGACGGCCUACUCCUUCCUGUGACCCGAGCGAUGAUGCGGAAGGGGUGGAACUUCAGACGAGACAGAUGAUAGAGUGGGCCAUGAAGGGGUUCUUACCCAAUGGCCCACAGUCAUUGGACCCUCCUGAGGACGAGCAGAAUCCAUACAAAGACGUCUACUCUGAAAUGUGGACAGAACCAGAGGCGGCGUACACUCCUCCCCCUGCUAAGAAACCCCGCAAGAAUGCAGUUGAAAAAGUCAAGAUAAGAGAGGUGAUCGAUGAAGGAACCAGAGAGAGGCUUAUACAGGAGAUUAAACAGAAAACCCGGAACAUAGAAGACAUCUGUAUCUCCUGUGGAAGCCUCAACGUCUCCUUGGAGCAUCCUCUCUUCAUGGGAGCAAUGUGCCAAGGCUGCAAAAAUUCCUUUCUGGAGUGUGCUUACCAGUAUGACGACGACGGCUACCAGUCCUACUGCACCAUCUGCUGUGGAGGCAGGGAGGUGCUCAUGUGUGGCAACAACAACUGCUGUAGAUGUUUCUGCGUGGAGUGUGUAGACCUUUUGGUUGGCACUGGUUCAGCAGCGGCAGCCAUCAAAGAAGACCCCUGGAACUGUUACAUGUGUGGGCCACGAAGCAUCUACGGGAUACUGCGACGUCGAGAUGACUGGCCUUGCCGACUACAGCAUUUUUUCGCCAACAAUCAUGAACAGGACUUUGAGCCAACCAAGUUGUAUACUCCAGUUGCAGCAGAGAAGAGGCAGCCAAUCAGAGUCUUAUCACUGUUUGACGGCAUCGCCACAGGUUUGCUGGUGCUAAAGGAUCUGGGCCUCCAAGUAGACAAAUAUGUGGCGUCAGAGGUGUGUGAAGACUCCAUCACUGUCGGCAUGGUCAGACACCAGGGACGCAUUAUGUACGUCGGUGAUGUGCGCAACGUAACCCAUAAACAUAUUGAUGAGUGGGGACCAUUUGACCUGGUGAUAGGAGGAAGUCCCUGCAAUGACCUCUCGAUAGUAAACCCUGCACGGAAGGGUCUUUAUGAGGGAACCGGUCGCCUGUUUUUUGAGUUCUACCGUCUGUUGCAUGAGGCUCGACCAAAAGAGGGCGACGAUCGACCUUUCUUCUGGCUCUUUGAGAAUGUGGUCGCCAUGGGAGUCAGUGACAAGCGGGACAUAUCACGCUUCUUAGAGUGCAAUCCCGUGAUGAUAGACGCCAAGGAGGUUUCCGCUGCUCACCGUGCUCGAUAUUUCUGGGGAAACCUGCCUGGCAUGUCAAGACCUCUGACGCCCAUGAACAAUGACAAGCUGGACCUGCAAGAGUGUCUUGAGCAUGGUCGCACAGCCAAGUUUGAGAAGUUGCGUACGAUAACGACACGCUCCAACUCUGUGAAGCAGGGGAAAGACGAGCAUUUCCCCGUCUACAUGGACAACAAGGAGGACAUCCUCUGGUGCACUGAGAUGGAAAAGGUUUUCGGUUUCCCUGUCCACUACACCGACGUGUCCAACAUGAGUCGUCUGGCCAGGCAAAGGCUGUUGGGGCGUUCCUGGAGCGUACCUGUCAUCAGGCACCUCUUUGCCCCUCUAAAGGAAUACUUUGCCUGCAACUAAUCACACAACUACAUUCUCUCUCUUUCUCACACACACACACACACACACACACACACACACACACACACACACACACACACACACACACACACACACACACACACACACACACGCACACACACACGCACACACACACACACACACAUUUGUGGCACACAUAGUUCAGAGCUUGUACAUGAAGGUUGGCUGAGGCAGAAGAAACAGAUGACCAGACACACACACACACACACUGCUAACAGCUUCAUCCCUUGAUUCCAUUUAAACUACAAGCUAAUCUUGCUCCCCAGGUGCUACCUUGCUGACUUACACACUUGCUAGUGCAGGAUGUGUGUACUGUACAUCUUCACACACACACACAUACACACACACAAACUUCCACCUCCAAAGGACCUUAAACUGAUGUCUUCUGCUGUUUUUUGCAUUCGUUACAGUCUCCACAUUACAUACCACCACCAAAAACACACUUUACUCAUGUGUAGUGAAGUGAAGGUGCUCUACGUCAAUGCAUUGAGUGCAAAGAACAUAAAUAUACAAACUCACGUACACACCAGCUUCAAACCUGCGGUGCUGGCCUGUCGGCCAUGGAGGUGGUACCACUUUCAUCUUGGUGCUCUUUCAGAGGCUUUAGGGUCGCAAAUGUUUUGUUUCCCCUCGUCACCGUUCCGUAUCCCUAACAGAGUUCAGCCAAAUACUCACCAAGCUGGCGCAGCUUGCAAUGAGGUUGCUUGACUGCUGUGAGAGAAGGAUUACAAAGACAAUUUAGCUAUACAAAAAUCUCAGUGGAUGAGUUAAACAUCAGUGGAGUGGGUCCAAAGCAAUGAAUAGGCAAAAUCUUCACUUUGUGCUGGAUAGUGGAAGAGUCUCCAAGUAUAGUGUGGUUGAGUACUUUUAGUAGGAUUUCAAACAAAAAGUGAUGCACUGUGUUACUUGAAACACCGUUUUUUUUUUUUUUAAGAAUAUUCUAAAAACUGUACGCCCUUGUAAUAUACUCUAUAUUUAUGACUUUAAAAUGAUGGAAAAAAUAGCAUUUGUGUAGCAUUUCCAGCACUACUGAAAAACAACUUGAACAUGCCAGUGCUAAGCUUUUUAUGAAUCAUCCUACUAAAUGCUUCUGAGAAGCCUAUAUGUAAGUGUUAACCAUUGUGUCAGGUUUUUAGAAUGGUAACAUGGAGUGCAAAACUUGACUGCGGCCAGCAGAGGCACUGUUGUCUCGGUGCUACAGCACUAAAUAAACUCCUUUUGCCACCAAUAACAGGAAUUCAUAAUGUUGAGCGAUCGAGAUCCCAUUAAAAUUAAUAUUUAUAAAAUGUGCAGUACUUAAAUAUCAUAUUGUACUAAUUUUCCAUACAAUAAGUACAAUAAAAAACAAUAAUAAAUUAUAAUUAAGUAAUUCUAUAAUAUUUAUGUCAUUAUAAGAUGAGGCUAACUUGAUUCAAUAUUACAAAUGUGAUGUCAUUCCUUGAUGCUAUGCAACAAACUAAAAAAACACUGCUGUCAAUUGCACUGUUUGUUGUUAUAAAGUGAUCGCAAUAGUUUGUUCACUUGCCCAAGCGGUCAGAUUAAGACUUUUAUGAAAUCAAACUUCUGAUGUAGUUAUUGGGAGUGAAUAUUCGGGCAUUUAAAUAUUUGAUCCAAUUCAUGGUGCGACGUUUAUAUUCAAAAUCUAUUUUCGAGUCAACACGAUUCAUGCAAUAUAUUAUUUGGUGCAAUGCAGUAUUUAUAUUGAAACUUUAUCAACACACGUUACAGGUUACAAAAGAUCCUUCUGGUUUGCACAGAGAUUGCUUAAAAUGUAUUUCAAAACACGUAUUGUUUAAAAAAAAUAAAUAUAUAUAUAUGUAUAUUUUGUUGGUAUCCAUUUUUGAAAAUUAUGAAUCUAUUUAGAAUCAGAAGGAAUUAGAAUCACAAUUUGGAUUGGGAAUCGUUUUUUUUUUUGCACCCCUAGUAGUUAUUCAGUAAAAUAACAUGUACAUUAUAUCCACUAUCUUUUAUUCAUAGAUAUAGGCAAGACUUUUCAACUUUACAGUUUGUAACAAUCUCGCAGCCUGCGUGUACAGUAUGUCUUAUCACUAUGGCAACAAAGAAUUGUCUAUAUAUAUAUACUGUAGGUGUAAGCGUAGUAGUAAUUAGUACAAACAAGUGGUGUGGCAAAGCCAAAAAAUACCUUUAGGUCUGAUUUUAUUUAGUAUAUGUUUUAAAAAAAAUAGCUUUAAACAUUUAAUUCAAUGUAAAAAAAAAAAAGUAAUUAUGUUGUUGGAAUUGACAACCUUGUGUUAAUCA